AUGAACAUCUCCGGCACCUUCAACAUCCUCCGUCUCCUCACAAACCCCUCCCUCUGCCUCCCCCACCACACAAUCUCCACAUUCGACCAACUCCCCAUCCCCCUUUCCCACGCCUUCACCAAACGAAAUGGCUCAGAAAAGACCAAGAACCCCGACAUUAGAGCCAUAGUCCUCGACAAAGACAACUGCUUCUCCAUCCCCAAACAAAACGAAAUCUAUCCAGCCUACGCCUCAAAAUUCGACGACCUCAAAAAGGCCUAUCCGGGCCCCAAACUCCUUAUAGUCUCCAACUCCAGCGGCACCUCCUCUGAUCCCAGCCAUAUCGAAGCCGAGCUCCUCGAACGGAACACCGACGUGCAUGUCCUGCGCCACGCGACGAAGAAACCCGGCUGCCACGCGGAAAUCAUGGAAUUCUUUCGAUCGAGGCCGGAGACUGGCGUGACGGAGGCCAGUCAGGUGGCGGUCGUGGGGGAUCGGUUGUUUACGGAUGUCAUGAUGGCGAACAUGAUGGGAAGUUAUGGGGUGUGGGUCAAGGAUGGGGUUGUGCCGGAUCAUGGGCUGCUCUCGCGUGUUGAGAAGGGGUGCUCGAGUUUUUUGCUACGGCGGGGAUAUGUGCCUCCUGAACCACGAAGCGAUUUUGAAUGA